GAGCGCGCCUCUAUCUGCAGCCUCGCUCAUAUUUCGAGGCGCCCACGUAUAUAUAACGCUCGUGCCAAAGUUAUAGAGGAAGUGGACUGCAAGUUUAUACUCCCACCCGAGCGCGCGAAAUUCUCGCAGGUGUGACAUGACCCACCGUACGCAUAUCCGGCUCUCCCGCUCUCUCUUGCUCACUCGCGCAGAUUAUUCAAUCAUGAGCGAGGAAUCGUCCAACAGUCUUCUUCAUCGCCGUAUACUCGUCGUCACCUGCUGCUGCUACUUGCCGGUCCGCGAAGGUGCAAAAUAAAAGAGUGAAAGAGAGAGAGAGAGAGAGCGCUCCUCGUUCGGCAUCUGUGUGUUCCUUGUGACGUGUUGGUGUGUCUGUGUUCGUGAGCGCAAAUUCCGCGAGAGCGGCGCUGCGCUGCUGUGAAGAGAGCGGAGAAAGAGAGAGAGAGAGAGCGAGCGAGCGAGCGGAUUUUUCGCGUCCGUCUGUCGCACGCGCGUCAAAAGUGCCGAGACGGGCGCGCCAUAUACACGUCGUCCCGCGCGCGACCAAGUUGCACGAGCAAAAAGAAAAAAAAUGCUAGCCGUGUGAGAGACAGACAGUCGGACGAACAGAAAGAGAGCACCGCAAACUGACCGACUAUAACCGCAAGCAGUGCGCGCGCGCGUUAUUGCCGCCGUGUGCCAGCUUUUGUGCCUUUACCGGCCACCCACGCCUAUAUAUACAGCUGCCGCUCCACCGACCCAGCGACGAGCACACUGACCUCAAACUCGCACCGACUUGCUCAUACGUCCUCGUCGAGAAGUGGUCUGUGACGACCGAGUGUCCCGUCGCUUCUUGUCGUUGCCUGUGUGUGUGCUGUGCACGCGCGAACGUACGCACGCGUGUGUUUGUGUGUACGCAAGAGUGAGCCCAGCAGCAGUGUCCGUCGCGACUUCUCGUCGCCUCGAGGAGUAUCCCCGGUGAAAGGGUAUCAGUCGCAAAAUGGCGGGUCCCCUAACGUGGUCGUGCACUUGGUGCCUGAGGUUCAAGUUCAGCCCCGAGGAAAUUGAACAGAGGUACAAGAGUCAAGAAAUUGACAGAAUGCUGGAAAAAGACAGGCAAGCCUUUCGUAGACAGGUCAAACUCCUGCUGUUGGGAGCUGGAGAGAGCGGCAAGUCCACCUUCCUCAAGCAGAUGAGGAUUAUUCAUGGCAUCAAGUUCGAGCCUGACCUAAUUAAAGAAUAUCAGCACGUGAUCUAUCAGAAUAUUAUCAAGGGUAUGAAAGUUUUGGUGGAUGCACGUGACAAAUUGAACAUCCCUUGGGAGCAUCCUAAAAAUUAUGAUAUUGGUUACCAAUUGCUAAAAUUUGAAAAUACAAUGAUAUUAGAUGCACGCCUCUUUCUUCACUAUGUACCAGCUUUACAAAGUCUUUGGCAAGACUCGUCCAUUAGAACAGCCUUUGACAGAAGAAGGGAAUUUCAGUUGAGUGACUCAGUGCAGUACUUUCUGGAUAACCUUGAUAGGAUUGCUCGAGUGGAUUAUAUCCCAACACAUCAAGAUAUUUUACACUGUCGAAAAGCUACGAAAGGAAUAUCAGAAUUUUCUAUUCAGAUAAACAACAUACCCUUCUUAUUUGUUGAUGUUGGUGGACAGAGAUCACAAAGGCAAAAGUGGUAUCAAUGCUUCGACUGUGUUACAUCCAUACUAUUUUUAGUAUCGUCUUCAGAGUUUGAUCAAGUUUUAUUAGAAGAUAGGCGGACUAACAGAUUAGAAGAAUCAAAGAAUAUCUUUGAUACCAUCAUCAAUAACAUGAUAUUUUAUGGAGUGUCCGUAAUAUUGUUUCUGAACAAAACUGAUUUGUUGGACAAAAAAGUCAAAUCAAGAGAUACAAAUGUUAGUUGGUACUUUCCACAAUUCAAGGGUGAUCCACAUUCCAUGAAAGAUGUUCAAAAUUUUAUACUAGACCUAUUUGUGUCAGUCAAGAGGGACCCAAAGAAGUCACUGUUUCAUCACUUCACAACUGCAGUUGACACAGAAAACAUCAAAGUUGUUUUCAACGCCGUCAAAGAUACCAUUUUGCACAGAAAUUUGGAAUCUCUGAUGCUGCAGUAAGCGCCCAAAUAACAAAGUAUACAAGACUUUUAGCAGUAGUAAUAAAAAUAAGGUAUGCAACCGACGUUUAUCUAGAUAAACUGAUAUAAGAGAGACUCCAUUUUAUAAGAAUAUUGCAAUAUGAAUUAGCAUCUAUUAUUUGAAAGACAAUAUAUUUAUAUUUAUAGAAUUACGGGAGUUAAAGAGAACUUAUCUCUAACGUCAUUACGUUAAACGUUAUAUUCGCAUAGAGGUAUUUUAAAAAUGAGGUGGAAAUCGUCCAGUAGUGAAAAAUUUUGAGUUUGUAGAUUUUCUAACAUCGAUUUCCAUCCCUCUUUUGAUAAACGUAUUGAAAAAUGAAAGUGAGUUACUGAUUAUUAUAAAAUUAUAUCGUGUAAAUAAUAAAAAAAGUAAACUAUACGUUGUCAAUAACCAAUAGUGGAUUUAUAAAUAUUUACACAGAUAAAAAACAAUUUGAAAGCAAUUUCAACAGCACAAAUUUUUGAGAUUUUAUAUAUAGGUACUCCAUUAACCUUUUGAAAAAUUUUGAAAAAUUUAUACACGUUAAAUCUCUCUUGUCAGUUUGCCAGAUUAUUAAAUAUGCAAUAAUUUAUUUCUUACUUAGAAUCGCGCGUACUAUUAAAAUCUGCUGUAAAGUUAGAUAUUAAAGAAACCAAAUACUAGAUCCAUGCCAUAAAAACCAAAUGAAAUGAACCAAUUUGUGUUCGAAUUUUUACGAAAAAUUGAAUGAUUUGAUAAAUUGCUUAAUAUUAACCAUAUGAUCGGAAUCAGGACAACGAAGCAUUUUUUAUAAAUUUUUUUGCUAACGUAUAUACAAAUUUUUGCGAUAUUAAUGAGCAAUAUUUUUUAUAUAUAAUCUGCGUUUUAUAAUGUUAAAUACAAAUGGAGCAGCUCAAUUUUGUACAUUUUUUUCACUAACUAACUGCGCACAAAUUGGUAUUUUUUUAAAGACUAGAGCUCAAUUUUUUCUAAAAUUGUGAUAGUAGCUCUGAGGCUUCCAAAUGUACACAUAGGUAAAUGUGCCAUGGGUAAAAGUCUUUAAAGUUCAUGAAUCUCCAAUGAACAAUUAACAUUAUAUUAACUGUGCGAAAAUGAUUCAAGAUAAUGAAAAAUUAGGAAUCUUCGAAAAGCUAUUCCACAAUUAUUGUAAAAUAAUGAAUUGGUUUAACUUUGUUACAAUCAUUGCAAUCAGUAUUAUCCUUACGUCCCUAAUUGGAUGAAAGAGUUUUGGUUUCUAUAAUAGAAUAUUCCAAAUUUAUAAGUUAGACAUGUUGUUAUGAAAAUUCCUUUCAAUUUACGUACGUUUUUUUAUGCUACUAAUUGUUUUGAAUACACAUUGCUCUGAAAAAGUUUUUUCCUCAACUUUUGAACAACUAGGGUCGAAAACUGUGUUUUGUAGGAACAUUUCUCUAUUCCUACUAAUUAGUUGUGCUAAAAUUGUUAUUUUUAUUUCUAAUUAAAUAAACGUAAAAGUGAUUCUUGAAGGCGAUUAAAUGAAUCGAUAUCGCAUUUCUGACGAUUCGUUAACCUAAGAUUUUAUGUAACAUCAUUAUAAUGACCAAAGAAUCAUUCAUUCAUUAUAAAUGUCUAUUGACUUUCAAUUGCAAUAAUUAUUAAAAAAUGUCGAAACCUUUUUAUGAAAUUGAAAAGUUACAUGAAAUCUUAUUCUGCUACAACGAAUAACUGUAUUUUUCUUUUAAUUAAUACAAUAUGAUAAUUUGAAAUUCAGUAUCAUCAGCAACACCAUUAGCAAUAUUCAAAGCGAAAAGAUUGUGUUUUAUUAUCUUUGUACACAUAUACAUCGAAUUGUUGAAAGUAAUUUAACAGUGUGGAGCUAUACAUACAAUCUUUUAAGCCUUACUGCUAAUUCUAAACGUCGAGCGUUAAAAGUAACAAUCUCAUUUUUAAAUUAGCUUAAAAGGUAAACUUUGUAAGAGACUUUGAUAAAUCAUCAUUAUUUAUGUGAAUUGAUUUGAACACUCACGUUAUUGGUGCUGAUUAUAUAAUUGAAAAAAACACAAUUUCUUUUGCUAUUUCUAUAUUUUCGAUUGGUAAAAUAUUCGAAUCGAUACUAUACAUUCACUUAUUUAUUUUUUUUGUAAUCACUUAUACAUAAUUCAAUUUACAUUAACUGAAGUUUUUUUUUUAAAUUGACACAUACAUUCCCGUAAAGCCAAAAUGGUUGAAGUUUGUUGAAUAAUCUUAUUUUCAUAUACGUUAAAAAAUAUUUAACUCUAAAGCAGCCUUUCAAAUAUUGACCAUUCUUUUGUCUUUCGAAACUUUCGUUAAUAUCUCUAAAGCUGUAUCGCUAUUCAUUUUUAAUAAACAAACAAUAAAAAAAGCAUCGAAUAUCUAAUACGUUGGCACAGUACUCAUUUUUGUCACUAACUUGUUUCUUUUUACAUAAAUGCGACUGCACUAAAUCAAUUUGCAUUGUUUUUUAAUAAAAAUCUUUUAUGUAAGUAAUGUAAUUUUUGCAACCGUUUUUAGAGCAGAUAUUUGCAUUCUAAUAAUCUCUCGAUACUUAUCGAUUGAUAAAAAAGCACAAUUGCAAAUACUUACGUGUUGUGUAUCUUUGUAAUUUAUUCAGCGAAUACUGUAAUAAGUUGAAACAUGUAUACUGAAUUAAUUGCUUGUAAAUAAUGAAGUUAAGAAGCGUUUUUUUUUUGCAAAGACUUUCAUCGUCAUGGCUGUAGAUUUAGGUUUUUUGCGAUACAUUUUUGGAAAGUUUAUAAGCAAAGACUUUGUUAUGCGGUGUAAGAUUUAAUUUAGGCUAUUUUUCGUUAAAUAAGAGCGUUUUUUAGCCAUUAUUAUUUGUACAGGUUGCUCAGAGGUGGUUCGUUAUUGAAAUGGCAGCUAAAUAAUUACGAUUUGUUAAAAAAACAAGCAACUCCCAGCCGUUUUAAUAGUGUUUGUACUGAUUUAAAUAAAACAUACAUCAUUCAUAUACAAAGCAAAAUGAUGAAAAUUACUGGAAUAAAUCUAGGUAGAUUUAAAGAAUAACCAUAAGAAACGCAAAGGUGAUGGUGUUCUAUAAAAUUUUUUAUAUUUUUAUAUUUUCAACUCAAAAAUAAAAAUGUCUAUUUGUCGAACUUUUUCUGAUAAAAAAAAUAUUGUUAAAAAAUUCUACAUGACAAAUAUGACGUGCGCACAAUUGUGCCCGGUUUUAUUAUACAUACAAAUUAUUGUGUACAGUAACAUAGCGUAAGAAUUGAUACAUGCUGAUUCACGCCGCAUUACUGUGCACAAUAGCUUACGUGCAUAAUAAGACCGUACAUAAUUGUCCGCGCGUCAAAAACAUUGGACUUAAGCAUUUUAUAAAAGGUAUUUACUGUAUACAAGAAUCUAUUUUGUUAUGUUUAUUACAUUUUGUUGUGUAUGAUCCGAAGUAUGUAAAUAUU